ACUGCCGUGGCAGGUGAUGCAGUAGCUCACACGGGGCUUGGAGAGCCUCCCUGCUUAUCUGUUAUAAUUAUAGAGACGUGACCUGGUUUCAGCACCGCGGCUCGUCAACAGCUCCAGUGGAGAUUUGACCAGCCCCACCCCGCCCGGUACGUCUGAGAGAGCGAGUUCCAUAGGGCGCAGCCUCCGCGGCAGUUUCAGCACCAGCGGCCGGCCGGAGCGGAGCGGAGCUGUCCACACAUUCAGCACUUUUGUUGUGGAGGAGGAAACCGGACCGCAGGCAGCAGGACAGUGAGGAGUCAGACAAGUUAUUUCAGGAUGGCGUCAAAAUACGUUGGCCUUUUCGUCCUUUUCCAGCUCCUUGCCCUGAAUGUAGUGAGCCAGAUAACUGCCUUCCCCACACCUACAGCCUCAGUGGAUGAUAAAACUGUGUACAAUAGACAGCUGACAGAAGAAAGACCUCUACAAGAGCAGAUUGCCGAGGCAGACAGCGUGAAGGCUGCAGUACAGUCAGCUGAGUCAGAACAGAACCGUGAUGACUUCACCAUGCUCAAGUCAUUGGCUGACGGCCAGAAAUCUAAGGAGACCACCGAGGUGCCUGUCAAGAAGAGGGACGAUCAGUACGUUCCCGACGAAUCGGAUUCCACCAAGAGCCGACGUCUUGCUGAGGACUACGACUCCACAAAGAACGGGAUGGACUACGGCAAGUACCAGGAUGACCCAGAAAGCUUCCGCCAAAUUGACGGCACUCCGCUGACGGCAGACGCCAUUGUUCAGAAGAUUGCCAAUAAGAUCUACGAGGAAGACGACAGAGGAGUGUUCGACAGGAUCGUCUCCAAACUGCUCAAACUGGGGCUGAUCACAGAAAAUCAGGCAGAUACUCUGGAGUACAAGGUGGCAGAGGCUCUCCAGGAUCUCAUCACCAAAAACGCUAAGAACAACGAGAUUGAAGACGCUGACCAAGAAACCAGGGGUGCGCAAGACAAUGAGGAUUCUGACACAAACACGGACACAUGGGAGCCACCCAGGAGACGCUACGAUGAAGACGAAGAGGACGAGGAUGCCGAUGAGAUUGAGGAAGAGGUGGACAGAGAUGUAGAAGAAGAGGGGGACAACACAUGGGACAGAGACGCUGACGACGGCAAUGAGGUGAGCCCCGAGGACGGGCUCCAGGACCUGCAGUACUUCCCAAACUUCUACCGUCUACUUAAAAGUCUCAACUCAGAACAAGACACCCAGGAACGAGAGACACUGAUCACGAUCAUGAAGACUCUGAUUGAUUUUGUCAAAAUGAUGGUGAAGUACGGCACCAUCACGCCAGAGGAGGGUGUGUCCUAUCUGGAGAACCUGGACGCUAUGAUCGCCAUGCAGACCAAGAACAAGCUGGGACAGUCGCUAAUGCCGCCUGAAUUUCCCGGACCGAACGGGAAAAACCUGGAUGAGGACGACAACACCAAAGCUGAAGCUGCCAAGAUGCAGAAGGAAUAUGAGAACCUGAAAGAUUCGACCAAGGAAGAGCAGCCGUCAACCGAGACCAGUCAGCCUGGCAAGUCCGAGACUUAUCUGGAGGCCAUCAGGAAGAACAUCGAGUGGCUGAAGAAACACAACAAAGAAGAAGGCAAAGACGAUUAUGACCUGUCCAAGCUGAAGGAUUUCAUGGACCAGCAGGUUGACUCGUAUAUCGAGAAGGGCAUCAUCGCCAAAGACGAAGGUGACACCAUCAAGAGGAUCUACAGCAGUCUGUAGCACUGUCAUCCAUCCUGUAACCAACCUGGCCUAAAAAAAAAAAAAAAUGUUAAAAAAAAAAACAGAACUCAAUCUGAUAUAAAUAUCUCCCACAAAAUCCCAGACUACAUCUUAUUAUUGCAGAAAGCAUGGUAUAUAUGUUGUAUUCAAAACUACCUGCUUAGGGGAACUCCCAGAGAUUCCCAAGUGUAUUAAGAGAUGGGAAUUCAUAAUGCUGUCAACAAUGCUGUCAAAAAUUAGUUCCUUAAAUUAUUCCUUACAGCUACUUAACUGAUAUGUUUGCACGCGGAGACGAGAGUAAUACCCACUAGAACUAAAAGGAAAAUCACACUUAACAGAUUUUAUGUAACAAACUCACUACACAUAGUGCUAGCUUUUACUCCAACCUGACUCCAGUGGGAGAUGAAUGUUAUGGGUAUAAUGCUGUAGUUUUGCCAUGUUUUCAAUACAAUUUUGCAGCGAAACAUACAUAUAUCAAAUUAUUCUCAAUGUAUGUAACCUGUUAGCCUACAUUUCUUUUUUUUUCCCCAGUGUAUGUGUAAGAGCCUAAUGUAUUCUUGCUUUUUACUUUACCAAAAAUAUAUUUGUUGUGUAUGUCAGUGCCCUAUGUACGCCUGUUCUGUUGUAAUUCCUCUGGAGCCCAAUAGGGGGCGAUGUCUGACUCAUGAAUUCUCUCUGCACGUCUUUCAGUUCAACGUUUCUAUCUCUGUAGAGGCAAAAAAAAAAAAA